ACCAAAUCUCCCACGAAACUCUAUUCCUUUUACAGGACGGGAAAAAGCUCAGAGCAAGUCUUCUUCUCUCUUACACACUGAAACCGAAGAUAUAUGAUUCUGUGUAUAUGAAGAACUUUUGAUACAAGUGUGGUUGUUUUUAAUGGGGAAAGGAAGACCAAGAGCCGUGGAGAAGGGGGUCUUAGGUCAAAAUUUGAGUGUAUGUUCAUCUGCAUCAUUGAAUAUACCAUCUGGGCCUGUGUAUUACCCAACUGAGGAUGAAUUUAGAGACCCAUUGGAGUAUAUAUAUAAGAUCAGACCAGAGGCUGAGCCGUACGGGAUUUGUAGGAUAGUACCUCCCAAGAGCUGGAAACCUCCAUUUGCGUUGAAUUUAGAUUCUUUUACAUUUCCCACAAAAACUCAGGCCAUUCAUCAAUUGCAGGUUAGACCUGCUGCCUGUGAUUCGAAGACUUUUGAACUUGAAUAUAAUAGGUUUUUGGACGAUCAUUUUGGCAAAAAGAUGAAAAAGAAGGUGGUUUUUGAGGGAGAGGAGUUGAACUUGUGCAAGUUAUUUAAUGCAGUGAAGCGUUAUGGUGGGUAUGAUAAAGUUGUGAAGGAGAGGAGGUGGGGUGAGGUUUUUAGGUUUGUUAGAUCAACAAGGAAGAUUUCGGAGUGUGCCAAGCAUGUGCUUUGUCAAUUGUACCGAGAGCAUUUAUAUGAUUAUGAGAACUAUUAUAAUCAGUUGAAUAAGGAUGUCACCAAGAGUUCAAAGAGGAAAAUGCAAGAUGAGAAGUCUAGGGAAUGCUUGACUGAAUUUUCAACCUCUAAAAGGAGGCGGCAAAACACCGAUGAUGGUAGAGCCAAAGUCUCCAAGUUAAAAGAUGAAGAAAAUAACGAUCAGAUUUGUGAGCAAUGUAAAAGUGGAUUACAUGGUGAAUUGAUGCUUCUAUGUGAUAGGUGUGACAAGGGGUGGCACAUAUAUUGUCUCUCACCACCCUUAAAGCAAGUUCCACCUGGAAACUGGUAUUGUUUAGAUUGCUUGAAUUCAGAAAAAGAUAGUUUUGGUUUUGUGCCUGGUAAAUGCUUCUCUUUGGAAGCAUUUAAGCGUAUGGAUUAUAGGGCCAAGAAGAAAUGGUUCGGCUCAGGGUCCUCAUCUAGAAUGCAAAUUGAGAAGAAGUUUUGGGAAAUUGUGGAAGGUGCCUUUGGUGAAGUUGAAGUUAAAUAUGGAAGUGACUUGGACACAUCAGUUUAUGGCAGUGGUUUCCCUCGUGAAAGUAUCCAGAGACCAGAAUCAAUUGACGCUAAGGUGUGGGAUGAAUAUUGUAGGAGCCCGUGGAAUCUCAAUAACCUGCCCAAGUUGAAAGGAUCCAUGCUUAGAGCUGUUCGUCAUAAUAUUACUGGUGUUAUGGUGCCCUGGUUAUAUAUUGGGAUGCUAUUCUCAUCAUUCUGCUGGCAUUUUGAAGAUCACUGUUUCUAUUCAAUGAAUUACCUUCACUGGGGUGACCCAAAAUGCUGGUAUAGCGUACCUGGUAGUGAAGCUAGUGCUUUUGAGAAGGUUAUGCGGAACAGCCUUCCUGAUCUUUUUGAUGCACAACCUGAUUUGCUUUUCCAACUUGUCACCAUGUUGAAUCCGUCUGUCUUACAAGAAAAUGGCGUUCCUGUUUAUACUGUACAGCAGGAGCCUGGAAAUUUUGUUGUGACCUUUCCUAGAUCCUUCCAUGGGGGUUUUAAUCUUGGAUUAAAUUGUGCCGAGGCCGUAAAUUUUGCUCCUGCUGACUGGAUGCCUUAUGGUGGGUUUGGAGAAGAACUGUAUCAGCUUUACCACAAACCUGCUGUUUUUUCUCAUGAGGAGCUUAUCUGUGUGAUAGCAAAGAUGGACUGCAAUGGCGGGGUGUCUCCUUACCUAAAGAAAGAGCUACUUAGGAUAUAUUCCAAGGAGAAAAUCUGGAGAGAACAACUUUGGAAAAGUGGUAUAAUCAGAUCUUCUCCGUUGCCCCCUCGAAAAUGCCCUGAAUAUAUAAGUACUGAGGAGGAUCCAACAUGCAUUAUUUGUAAGAAGUACCUUUUUCUUUCAGCUGUAGGUUGCCGUUGUAGGAGAUCUGCUUUUGUAUGUUUGGAGCACUGGCAACACCUUUGUGAAUGCAAGUACAGCAGGCGGCGCCUUCGUUAUCGUUAUACACUUGCAGAAUUAUAUGAUUUGAUUGCUAUAAUUGAUAGAUGUGGUUCUGGGGAGGCAAUUGAAAGUAAGGAUUUGCGACCAGCGGGCUUAUGCUUCACUGAACGAUGUACUUUGACAAGAAAGGUCAAGGGUGGUCGUGUUACUCUGGCUCAACUUGCAGAAAAGUGGUUACUGCAUUCGAGUAAGAUUCUUCAAGAUCCAUUCUCAAAUGAGGCAUAUGUUAAGGCUUUGAGAGAAGCCGAGCAGUUUCUUUGGGCUGGUCAUGACAUGGAUAGUGUCCGUGAUGUGGUAAGAAACUUGGAUGAAACUCAAAAGUGGGUUCAAGGCAUUGGAGAUUCCCUUUGUAAAAUUGAAGCGUGGUCACAUCAUCAUUCUGGAAAUUUAGAGAAAAUUUGCUUGGAUCAUGUAUAUGAUUUGUUGAGUCUACCCCCAAAGUCAUGUAAUCAUCCUGGGUAUCUUAAGUUGAAGGAUUAUGUUGAAGAAGCAAAGAUGUUGAUUCAGGAUAUUGAUAAUGCCCUAUCAACAUCCCCUAAUGUUUCUAAAUGGGAAAUUUUAUACUCAAGAGUGUGUGUCUUUCCCAUCCAUAUCAAAGAAAGUGAGAAGUUAUCAGAAAAAAUAUCAAUAGCAAAGUCUUGCAUAGAAAGUGUCAGAGCAAUCUUGGAGAAUCAGCCUGCUGCUUUUGAGGUUGAGAUUCUUUACAAGUUGAAGUUUAAGAUUUUGGAACUCAGCAUCCAGCUUCCAGAGACAGAAAUGGUACUGGAUUUAAUAAGGCAAGCUGAACUGCAUCGUUCUAGAUGUGCAGAAAUUAUGAAAGCUCCCAUGAACUUGAAGACUGUCGAACUGUUCCUUCAAGAAUCCAACAGUUUUGCUGUUAAUAUACCUGAACUGAAGCUUCUAAGACAGUAUCAUAAUGAUGCUGUUUCAUGGAAUGCUCGUCUUAAUACUGUUUUGGUUAAUGUCCAUGAACGGGAGGAUCAACAUAAUGUAAUUGAAGAAUUAAAUUGCAUUCUAAGAGAUGGAUUAUCAUUGACUAUAAAAGUUGAUGACUUACCUUUAGUUGAGGUUGAGUUGAAGAAGGCUUCUGUCAGGGAAAAAGCUCAGAAGUUAUGCGAUACCAAGGUUACUAUGGAUUUCAUGCAGAAAUUGAUGGAGGAGGCUGUAGAAUUAGAAAUUGACGAGGAAAAAUUGUUUGCUGAUGUUCAUGGAGUUCUUCAUUCAGCAAUGAGUUGGGAGAAGAAGGCCAUGGAUUUUCUAGCGCAUGGGGCACAGUUAUCUGAUUUUGAAGAGAUUAUAAGGACUUCUGAAGAUUUACGUGUUAUACUACCUUCCCUUCGUGAUGUCAAGACUGAAGUAUCCUUGGCCACGUCCUGGUUAACUAUUUCAAAGCCUUUCUUAGAAUCUGUUGUCCCCAUGUCAUCUUCAUCAAGAUCGCAACUGAAAAUUGAAACACUAAAGGAGUUGGUUUCUCAGUCUAAGUUCCUUAAGGUCACUUUGGAAGAAUGUAGAAUGCUUGCCAUGGUUCUGAGAAACUGUGAGGAGUGGAAACAUGAAGCGAACUCUUUAUUGCAAGAUAUUGAUCAUCUUUUCAAUGCGAGUGAUAUAGGGGAUGGAUUGAGCAAUUGUCUUGUUUCUAAGAUUGAACAAUUAGUUGAUAGAAUCAAUACUAUUAUUACAGACGGUUUUUCUCUUGGUUACGACUUCUGUGAGAUUACCAGACUUCAAAGUGCUCGUUCUACGCUCAUCUGGUGCAAUAAAGUUCUUUCUCUUUGCCAUACUAUUCCUUCUUAUCAGGAUGUUGAGAGCUUGUUGGGGAUUGAAGAGGAUAAUUCAUGUUUAUACACCUCUGGUGUUAUGUGGAGCUUAUUGAUGGAAGGUGUCAAAUGGCUGAAGCGAGCCUUAGAAGUGAUUCCUGUAACAUGCAAUUCUAAACGAAGAAAGUUGAGUGAUGCUGAGGAAUUACUUUCCAGCUUUGAGAGUAUCAGAAUCAACUUUUCAGCCAUGAUUGGUCAACUAGUAAAUGCUAUUCAGAAGCACAAGUUGUGGAAAGAAGAAGUAAGUCAAUUUUUCGCUAUGAAGCAUGCUGAACGAUCAUGGUCUCUGUUGUUUAAGCUUAAGGAAAAAGGAGACAUCGUUUCCUUCAAUUGCUCCGAGCUACAUUUAAUUUUUUCCGAAGUUGAAAAGAUUGAAAAGUGGAAAAAAUGUAUGGGGGAUGUCAUGCAAACAUCUUCUGAGGAUGAGAAUUCUUUGCCUGGUCGUCUACUAGAGAUAAAGAAAUCACUGGACAGAUCCUUAUACAUAUACGAGAAGUCAUUGCUCUACACGGAUCAAAACUUAUGUGUGUGUGGCUCCAAUGACUUGCAGGAUCGGCAGCUUUUUAUUUGCUCAAUAUGUAAAGAAAGCUACCAUUUGCAGUGCCUAGGACAAGAACGAGAAAAUCCAAGCAAUGCAGAUGUGUUUAUUUGCCCGUAUUGCUGUAGCUUAAGGGGUGUAUCAAUUGAUAAAAGUGAAGGUCCGCUGAGAUUUGCAGCAAAUCGUCCUGAACUAGAAAUUCUUAUUAAGCUCAAAUCUGAAGCUGUGAAUUUCUGUGUCUGUAUGGAAGAGGAAGAUGUAUUGAAACAACUGAUCGAGCAGGCUUUAGCAUGCAAGUCUCACUUGACAGAAGUCUUGGAGUUCUCGUCACAUUGUCUUGAUAAAGAUUUUAGUAUUGCCGGCAAGAGGUUAACUUUAGCUUUAAAGGCUAUGGACGUUGCAGGCAUUAAUGAUCAUGAAAGUAAGUGUGGUCUUGAGAUGGAACUAGUGAGGAACUCAUGGAGAUUCAGAGUCAGGGAAGCUCUUGAAGGUUCCGUAAAACCAACUAUGCAACAGGUCCUGCUGCUUGUCGAAGAGGGAUCGGCUAUAAGCAUUCCACCUGGGGAUUGCUACAGACAGAAACUCUUGGAAGUGAAGACUGUAUGCUUGAAGUGGAGAAAUCUUGCAAGAAAGAUUUCAGCCGACUCUGGGGCUCUUGAAUUGGAGAAAGUUUUUGAAUUGAUCGUGGAGGGUGAAAAUUUACCUGCAUACCUCGAGAGGGAGCUCAAGUUAUUAAGAAGUCGAAGUAUGCUUUAUUGCAUUUGUCGAAAGCCUGACGAUCGUAGACCGAUGCUUGCUUGUGAUAUUUGUGAAGAGUGGUAUCAUUUCGAUUGCAUCAAGAUAGAAUCUACUCCAAAGAUAUACAUCUGCCCUGCUUGCAAACCUCAAGUAGAUGAUAAGAUGUUGACUCAGCUAUCAACAGAAUAUGAAAGUUCGGUUGGCAUGAAACUCGUGGAGCCAAAGACCCCUUCUCCUCAACACGCAAAGCCAAGAUCAAAACAGAAGAAAACCGAGCGGAAUUUAGUUCGAACCGUGAGGGAUUGCUAUGGAGAAUUCAGGUGCUCAAGUGGAACCGAACACUUAAGGUGGCAAAACCGAAAGCCUUUCAGAAGAGUAACCAGAAGGAGAGCAGAGUUGGGAAGUAUUUCUCCAUUUUUCACCAUUCAACAAUAAUCAAGAAUACAUGGAGGUGUAGGUAGUUUAAUCAACAAUCAUUUAAUUGAUUCAAUUGUUCAUAUCAUCAAAUACCUUUCAGCUUCAAUAAUGUAAAAGGCAAAAUGUUUUAUAUGUUGUUUCAGUUUCAUUUAUUUUCACCUGUUUGUUUUUAGGUCCGGAGGGUACGAUAUGGGGUAUGGUUAGUGAAAACAGUAUCAAAUAAAUGAGUAAUAAUUUUGUAUAUAUUUGAUAACAAGAAGGUUUUUUUAUUUUUUUCUA